CAGGCGAUGCGAGUGCGUGGACCACCGGGCCAUCCAUAAUGUAAAUCGGUCCAUGCAUCGGACACACAGUCCCGCCACUUUGGUGUCUGUUCCACUGCUCCCUCGAGGACCGUAUGGGCGGCCAGUACUGCACAUGACACAGCCAGUGACGCCCACCCAGAGGCCACGUGAGGCAGCAGUCAAACUGACAAACGGACAGACACUCAUCUCAUCUCAUGUACACAGUUAUCUGUCCUUCCUGGCCCUUCUCAUUUCCCUCCACCUCCUGACAGGCCUCGCAAACAGCUUGUAGGCCGCAAUGCCGUUCAGCAGCCACAGCAGCCCCAUCCCAUACAGCAGACACCGCACGCACCCCAUACUCACGCCCAUCUCACUGUCACUGACACCCCUUCUCGCCCUCUCCCUCCCCCACCCCCACAUAGUGCAUAGCAGCUUGUAGCUGACCACACCCACCCACACUAUCCGAAAGAGGGCGAAUGUGCUGGCCACGAAAAAGGCACACCACAGGUACUUGCCGCGAAUCUUGGACCGCUCGCUGUCCGUAUCAACAUUGGCAUCGUCAUCAUCAUGGCUAGAGGGGUGGGGGUGGGGGUGGGGGUGGGGGUGGGGAUGGGGAUGGGGAUGGGGGAGGGCGUUAGCAUGGCGGCGCAGUUGUCGCAGCCGCAGACGGCCGAGGGCAACCAGACUGCCUGAUGCCUCGAUAGCGAUGCAUGAUUGGGUCAGUAUCCGAAAGUCGAGAGGCGUCUGCAGCGAAGUCAAUAUACCUGCACGCGCACCACACACAGACACAGGGAUGGAUGUGUGCCUGCCUCAGUGGUUAUCUCGGUGUUGAUACGUGUGUCAGUCAGGUAGGUGUGCACAGCACACCUACAUAUGAGUGAAGCAGCGUGGUGCAGCAGCACAGAAGGGUCCUGACCGCUGGGCGGACCGAUACCUAUCAACAGCAAAUCCAACACGUCAUACGACACCUGAACACACACACACCACACAACACACGACGACACACAGUGAUAUAUCUCUGUGUGAUCUGAUCUGUAUCUGCUCCCCUCCCUCACUCGCUGACCUCCAUGAGGAAGGCAAAGACGGCCACCCCCCGCCGGCGUCUCAGCCACGCCCCCACCGCCAGCAGGGUGGUGAGGCCGUUAUGCACACACGUGUACCAGAGGUUGCGGUCGCUCCUCUCAUCCAGCACGUACACGUUCGAGUCCAGUAUGUCAGACCCGCUCCACCGCCGGGCGUACCGCUCUCGCCUCUCCUCUGCCGUGGGCGUGUCGCUCCGCUGCUGCAUCUCCACUGGGAUCGACUUGAAUGCGGCUGAUGGGGAUGGGCCUUCGCAGAUGAGCAUGAGUGUGGCGGAGAGCAGGAGGGCGAGGGCGGUGUGGGUGAGGAGCUCAAGCAGGGGCACUGGGCCGACGGCGAAGGCGGACGCCAAUGGCAGAUCAAUGGUCAUCAGCUUCAGUUAGUUGAGUUGACGCCACAGAUCUGUGCGUCGCGUGCAUCUUCAUUCCAGCUAAGCUGUUGACUCAUCGCAUUCAUGUCUUGGGUUGCUGUCGCUGUGGGAUGGCGGCAGCGGUUCAGG